AGCAUGCUGUAGGUUUUGGCGCGACGCAAGUUCGAGGGAAAUUCGCCAUGGCGCCAUGCGGCGUGGCCGCCUUCCUAUGCACGGUCAUUGUAGCUUCAGCUCAGAGCUUCGACACGCUGCUCCGCAAUGACGAGUGUGAAGAUGACUGUGCGCUGUCCGCUCUGCAGAUAAAGACAUCCCAAGGGGGCCAAGAGCAAAGUUGGGAGGAGUCCGUGUUGGGCGCUUGGGCCCAAGAGCCAGGCUGUCAAGGAGUCCUCAAGGGCCAAUGUGGUGUGGGUGCGGUGGUGGUUGAAGUUCAGCCGGAAACUGGGAUCGUGUCGCGGACACUCUACACAGCCGGUGCUGGAGGGGGGCCUGCGCCUUUUGAUGAACACAAGAUGACAUCCAUUUUCCCUGUCGCAAGCAAUACCAAGAUCUUCACAUCCAUCCUCUUGAUGGCCUUGGCUGACCACGGCAAGGUGUCAAUGAACGAGACUGUGGGUGAUUUCGUGGGCCAGGAGUGUGGCGACCUGCCGGUAGCUGUAGCCAAUAUCACGCUCCUUCAAUUGUCAUCGCAUACCUCUGGCCUCCCAGCACAGCCCACCAAUAGACACAUGGAGGACUGCAAGAAGGAUCCUGUCAAUUGCAACCCCUUCACGAAGUACACGGUGCAGGAUCUUUGCCAGACGCUGCGGGAGGUGAAGCUUGGCCCGAAGGGGCAUUACCUCUAUUCAAACUUGGCCUUCGGCAUGCUGGGCUAUUUCAUGGAGCUGCGAAUGGGGGUGCCUUACGAGAAACUCACUCAGACAUGGGUAUUGCAGCCUCUAGGCAUGAACAGUGCCAGGAUCACCAUGAACGAAAGCCAAUGGGAGGAGCUGGCGCCACAGGGCAAGGAUGCAUCAGGUGAAGGCCGCUGGAGGCGUCAGCCCUAUGGCAUCUUGCAAGGCAACGGUGCCUUCCUUGUGAGCGUGCCAGACAUGGGUCGUCUCGUGGAGGCGAUGAUCAAGGCUGAGAGGGGUCAGGAGACGCCCCUGGCUGCGAGCUUGCGCCAGACCUUACAGCCCAUGGCAUGGAGCGGUUUCUGUGCAUGCAAUGCUUGUGAGGAGGAGGAGUUGUUGAAUCUCUCCAUCCCCACUGCUGAGCGUGGUGUCGUGGCCAUGGGCUGGGAGUCCUCGAGCUCGGGGCUGCGUCGCGGCUGGCACAAGGCGGGAGAUAUCGCGGGCUACUCCUCCUGGAUGGCCUUCAAUGCUGCGCUUGGCCGUGGCGCCUUUGGGGUGGACACCUGCGGUGGCUGUGGCGCCCAGCUGGGCUCUCUGCGGGGCUCAGCGGUGCAGCGGAUGGUGCAGCUGCUGGCAGACGGGCCGCCGAAGAAGGUGAGUCCAUUGCCCCAGGUCGCUAAACCCGAAUUGGCGGCACUGGUGGGAGAGGUCCAGGCAUGUCCAGCAGCCCCUGGCAAGUUGCAGAGCACCAGCUUGGCGGGCCUCUCUCUCACCUUGCGCGACGGGAAGCUCCUGGCGAGCACCACAUCCUUCACAGGUGAAGAGAGCGACGUGGUGACAGCCACGCCGUUCAGUUCGGCGGAGGCCGAUGGCUUGCAAGCCUUCUCCGGGGUGGUGCUGGAGCUGUCGGGGCCGGUGGGCACCAUCCAUGGAGGUCCGCGUGAGCAUGGACCGCUGGCUGAGGUGUCUCAGUGGCGCACCAUCCAUUUCCUUGCGGAGCCAAGCGCUCCAAACAAGCGUGGGGCAGCAGUCCUUCACGUCGCCGGAGCGGAUGUCUUCUUCGUAGACGAUGUUUCUCAGUGUCCAUAGCUCUGAGCUUCGUUUUGAUCCAAAGAUGAAUCAAAUCGCAUCAGAG